AUGGAUUGCAAUCCAGUUAACACUCUUGCUGAACUUGGUUUGAAGCAAUACAAAGAUCAUACUGAGAAGAAGGUUGAUAGCAUACUUUACAAACAAAUCAUAGGCAACUUGAUGUAUCUCACUGCUACAAGGCCUGACAUAAUGUACUCUGUGAGUUUAAUCAGUAGGUACAUGAAGAAUCCCACAGAAAUGCAUUUGUCGGCAGCUAAGAGAAUUCUCCAUUACUUGCAAGGAAAGAGAGAUUUUGGAUUAUUUUAUAAGAAGAGUGAAAAGUUCAAUCUUUUUGGAUUUACUGAUAGUGAUUAUGCUGGUGAUCAAGAUGACAGAAAAAGUACUUUAGGUUAUGUUUUUAUGUUUGGGUCUGGUGCUAUUUCAUGGUUAGCUAAGAAGCAACCAAUCGUCACUUUGUCUACUACAGAAGCCAAGUUUAUUGUUGCUUGUGCUUGUGCUUGUCAAGCUAUUUGGUUGAGGAGAAUUCUAGAUGAGUUGAAAUUCAAACAAUCAGAAGCUACCAAGAUCUAUUGUGACAACGAUUCAGCAAUUCAACUAUCCAAGAAUCCAGUGCUACGUGAAAGAAGCAAGCACAUUGAUGUGAAGUUUUACUUCUUGCAAGAUCUUAGCAAUAAUGGAACAUUUGAUCUAAUUUACUGCACGAGUGAAGAUCAAGUUGUCGAUAUUUUCACCAAGGCCCUAAAGACAGAGUCAUUUAUGAAACAUAGAAGUCUGCUAGACAUCGACACAAUCAAAGAUGUAAACUGA